AGACCCCGGGGGGGCGGGGACACGAAAGGUAAAAAAAAAAAAUUCAAAGCGCCACGAAGAAAUAUCCGGACGACGACUUUGAGAUCCCACUCUCUGUCUGUCUUUCUCUCUCUCUUCCUCCGUGGGGAACAAAAGGAAGGGCGCGCCCGAUGUUUUCACCAGCAUAACAGAGAAGCGAACAAAAGAACUCUCUGCACGGCCCGCAAGACCCGAUUUUUCUCGCCGUCUCUCCCUCUCUCGCCCGCUCCGAGCCAACCCAUUUUGCUCCCUCCUCGUUAUCUCCGAACAUCUCUUCUUCCUUCGCUCGUCCGAACCCAAUUCAAAAGAACCGCCGCCCCCGCCCCCGCCCCCGCCCCCGCCCCCUGGCACUCCUCCAUUUCGUUUCGUUUCGUUUCGAUUUUCGCCUCGACCCAGAAGCAUGAAUUCUCCAAAAUGACCCGCCCCCGCCACCCCCGGACCCGGAACCCGGAUCCAGAGGAAGACUCCAAGCCCACGACCUCGUCGUCGUCCGGCGGCGGCGGGGGAACCGCCAUGAGGGUCAUCGUCCCCCUGCAGGGGGUGGUCCAGGGGAGGGGCGGCCUCGUGCUCGGCUCCGUCAUACCCUGCGCCCUCUUCUACUUCCUCCAGCUCUACCUCAAGAGGAACAGGUCGGAGGAGCAUCCGCCGCCGCCGCCGUCCCCCUCGUCGUCCGCGGAGCACCUGCCGGAGGUGCCCGGGCUGCAGAGGACCCUUUCCCGGGCCCACCUCUCGCCCCGGGGUCCGGCUCACGUGUCGGGCCGGGUGAACGCGAUUCUGAGGAGUGGGGAUUCGCCGGAUAUCGUUGGGGUGAAAAAGUAUUUGGAGGAUGCCUAUGAUAAGAUGAGUAAUCCAGAUGGGGUUAUUCAGCUUGGUUUGGCUGAGAACAAGGUGGGUUCGGAUUUGGUUCGGAAUUGGCUGGUGGAGAAUGGGAGGGAGGCAAUGCUGGGGGAUGAGUUGAGCAUCAGUGGAAUUACAAAUUACCAGCCUUUUGAUGGAUUGAUGGAGUUGAAAGUUGCCGUGGCGGAAUUCAUGUCCCAAGCUAUUGAAGGAGCAGUGUCCUUUGACCCGUCACAAAUUGUGUUGACGACAGGUGCAAGCGCUGCUAUUGAGAUGCUUAGCUUCUGCAUAGCGGAUGCUGGAAAUGCGUUCCUAGUCCCAACUCCAUAUUAUCCCAGUUUCGACUGUGAUUUGAAAUGGCGAAGUGGAGUGGAGAUAAUACCAGUCCCUUGUCGUAGUGCCGAUGGCUUCAGUUUAAAUUUUACUGCUCUUGAUCUCGCCUUCAGCCAGGCAAAGAAGCGCGGGGUAAAGGUUCGUGGGAUUAUAAUCUCAAAUCCAUCAGAUCCUGUUGGGAGUCUGCCAAACCGUGAGACUCUUUAUAACCUUCUAGAUUUUGCCACCGAAAAGAACAUGCACAUAAUCUGUAAUGAAGUAUUUGUUGGUUCGACUCACGGUGAGGGGUUUUUGAGUAUGGCCCAAGUUGCUGAUUCAGAAGACUUUGAUCGGAGCAGAGUUCAUAUCAUUUACAGUUUGUCGGAGGACCUUUCUCUAAUAGGGUUUAAUGUGGGUGUCAUUUACUCCUUCAACCAAAAUGUUGUGGCUGCUGCUAAGAAAUUGGCGCGGUUCUCUUCAAUUUCAUCUCCGACCCAGCGCAUGCUUGUCUCUCUGCUUUCUGACACUAGAUUUAUGCAGAACUUCAUCAGGAUCAGCAGAGAGAAGCUUGGAAAAACGUACAUGAUGUUCACUGGGGAAUUAAGGCAAUUAGGAAUUGAGUGUGUGAAAGGUAGUGGGGGUUCCUACUGCUGGGCUGACAUGAGCGGGUUGAUUCGAUCAUACAGUGAGAAAGGAGAGUUGGAGCUUUGGGAUAAAUUGUUGAAUACAGCAAAGAUUAAUGUCACUCCUGGAUCCAUUUGUCACUGUAUUGAACCUGGAUGGUUCCGGUUUUGUUUCACUGCAUUGACCGAAGAAGAUAUUCCUCUAGUUAUGAAGCGGCUUCAAAAAGUUACUGAAACUUGUAAAUCUCGCAGUUGAAAAUUUUUUAUCGAUUUCAAUCUACAGAAGUGGGUCGCCUGUGGAUAAUUUGAAGGGGCAAAGUUAGCCUCCAGUUCGAAUGAUGAUGGAUGAAGAAGACUCGAAUCACCCUAAAAUUUCAAGUCCAAGUAUCAAGUGAGAAAUCACGUGGGUACCUUCUUCGGUUGGAUUUGGCUACUUCUGGUCAUAUUUAUGCCUGUUGAUUCUGCCCUAAAACUGAGCAGCAGCAGUUCUCAGCUUGGAUCCGGAGGCGACUCUGAUGGAAUUUCUUUGUCAAUUUUGGUCUCUUAGUCGAUAUGUAUCGGCUUCGAUAUUGUUUCUUUAUGGCCUUUUGUAAGGGUCAUCUUGGAUUUAAAAUGUAGUGCAGUUUCCAAAAGUGAACGGAUAAUGCUGGUAAAUAGGAAUUGUUCAUUAGAUUGUUGAAGCUUCCUUUUGUGAUAUGUUUUAGCCAAUUCCUUUGCCUUUUGUUCUUAUUGUUGUAAAGGUGUCCAUCAUUAGUUGCAAAAAGUGUUCAAAUA